GAUCAGAGACAGCAAAGCAACCACCGCCUGUCCCCCACGACACAAAAAAGGACUUUUUCCCGUAGCGUGGGCUCAGCUGAGUGCCAGCAGGGGCGUGGUGGUACAAAUUGGCCUAUAGGGGCGGAGAGUAUAGUUCUUCUCUCUAGUAGCCUUACAGACUGCGCACGUUAGCAUCACCCACUCCACUGCCCCCACCUCUCUCUCCCUCAUUAAAUCAACAAUGCCGUUCCCAACCACCACAACCUUCCUUCCUCUCCUAACCUACGCUCCCCUCCUCCUUAUCCUACAUCCCAACCCAAACCCGCCAUGGCCGCGCCCCCCCAACCUAAGCCCCGCAAGUUCCCGCCACCCUGCUGGACCAAUGACGAAGCGCAAGGCCUGAUCUCCAUCUACAAGGAUACGUGGUCCGCUCUCGGCCGAUCCAAUCUCAGAGCCUCCGACUGGGAAACGGUGGCCGCGGCCCUGGCUAGCCGGUGCCCGCUAGUAUCGCCGCCCAAGACCGCCAUACAGUGCCGCCACAAGAUGGAGAAGCUCCGGAAGCGCUACCGGAACGAGAAACAGCGCGGUUUAACGCAUCCGGGUCGGUUUCUCUCUACCUGGGAUCUUUUUCGGCCCAUGUUUGACUUGGAGUGUGAGGCUCCUGCCCUUUUUGGGUCCGACCCAGAUCGGGAAACCCGGGUAGGUGUUCAAUUUGGACGUGGGUUUCGGGUGAGAAAGGAUGAAAAUGAUAGGUAUUUGGCUGAAUCUGAUCAGAACUUGAGCGACCCAGAUGAGGAAACCUGGAAAGGUGCUGGCUUUAGAGGUGGGUUUCGGGUCAACGUUGGUGUUCGUGGUAAAGGAGGGGAGAAUUCUAGCUUUUCAGCAGGUUUUGAUCGAUAUGUGAGUCGAGGAAAUGAUGAGGCUCGUGGGUUUCCUGUAAAAUCGUCGGGUGAUAGGAAUUUGGGGCCUUCAGAAUUUGGGAGCAAGAGUUAUGGCAAAACUUGUAAUGAGAAGUUUAGCCCCAAGCGGAACUUGAAGCGUGAUUGCAGCUAUGGAGCUGGUACAAAAAGUGGGUUUUAUAAGAAAUUCAGAGGGGGUUUGGAUUCUGAUGGCGUUGGGAAAGAGGUGGAGGAUCCGAUUGGACAGAUGGCUUCAUCGGUUGAGUUUAUGGGAGAAGUGUUUUUGAAGAUGGAGACGAAGAAGAUGGAGAUGGCAAGGGAUAUUGUAAAGAUGAGGAUGGAGAUGGAAAUGAGGCAAAAUGAGCUCAUAAUGGAGUCACAGAAGCAGGUUUUGGCUGCCUGUGUGGAUGCAUUGUUGGAAAGCAAGAAGAAGAAGAAGAUGAAGGUGGUGUCAUCUGAUUCCUAGAUAUGGGGUUGAGGCAACCUGCUAUUUUGCUCUUCAUUCUGUAAAUGAGAAGGAUUGUAUAAUAGGAUGGAUGGAUGAUGUGCCUUAACAAGAAGUAAGACGUAGGCUAAUGUUCUUAGUUGUUAUAGGUUGGUGAAUUUGGCUAAUUUCUUUUGUGACU